CGAGUAGUUUGUUCUCACAGUCAGUGGCCUUUGGCUUUAUUUAAACCAUAAAUGUAAGUUUUUAAACUCUUUGUUGUUUGCUGAUGCAAGGCUGUCUAUAACAGAGUUUGAUCGUUGGAACUCAAGAACACGGACAUGUCUGCUGUGACUGCAUCGAUAUUCUUAACUUUGCUGUUUGUCGGAGUCUUCGUGUUUGUCUCUGCAGACCAGAAAACCAUCACAGUUGCAUCUGGACAGGACGUUAUUCUGCCAUGUCGAGUUCCAAAUAAAAAUACAAACAAAUUUGUACAGUGGAGCAGAGCUGAUCUGGAGCCGGAAUAUUUCCUUGUUUAUCGGGAUGGGAAGUUUCUGCCAAAUAACCAGCAUCCAUCUUUUAAGAACCGGGUGGAUCUGCAGGACAGACGGAUGAAGGAUGGAGACGUGUCUUUGAUUCUGAAGCAUGUGAGCAGCGCUGAUACUGGAUCAUAUGUGUGUCGUGCUUUCAUGGAAGAAACACGUUCGUGGAAACCAAUCAGCAUCAUCAACCUGAAUGUUCCUCCAGACAUGAAAACCGUCACAGCUGUGCCUGGACAGGACGUCACUCUGACAUGUCGAGCUCCAAAUAACAACAACAUCAAAUAUGUACAUUGGAGCAGAGCUGAUCUGGAGCCAGAAUAUCUUCUUGUUUACAGAAAUGGGCAGUUUUUUCCAGAAAACCAGCAUCCAUCAUUUAAGAACCGGGUGGAUCUGCAGGACAGACGGAUGAAGGAUGGAGACGUGUCUUUGAUUCUGAAGGAUGUGAACACUGCUGAUAGUGGAACAUAUGAGUGUCGUAUUUUUAUGGAAGAAACACGUUCAUGGCAGCUCAGCAUCAUCAACCUGAAUGUUCCUUCUGAUGAGCAGCACUUCAUCACAGCUAAAUCUGGACAGAUCGUCAUUCUGCCAUGUCUAACUCCAAAGAAAAACAUCAAAUUUGUACACUGGAGCAGAGCUGACCUGGAGCCAGAAUAUCUUGUUUUGUACAAGGAUGGGAAGUUUCUUCCAGAUAACCAGCAUCCAUCUUUUAAGAACCGGGUGGAUCUGCAGGAGAGACAGAUGAAGGAUGGAGACGUGUCUUUGAUUCUGAACAAUGUGAACACUGCUGACAAGGGAACAUACCAGUGUCGUGUUUUCACAGAAGGAGCACGGACAUGGAAAACCAUCAGCAUCAUUAACCUGAGUGUUUCUCCAGACCAGAAAGUCAUCGCAACUAAGUCUGGCCAGAAUGUCAUUCUGCCAUGUCAAAACCCAGCCAACAAAAUCAAAGCUGUACAUUGGAGUAGAGUUGACCUGGAGCCAGAAUAUCUCAUUUUUUACCGUGCUGAGCAGUUUCUUCCAAAUAACCAGAAUGAGUCUUCUAAGCAUCCCGUGGCUCUUCAUGAAAGGCAGAUUAAAGAUGGAGACGUGUCUUUGAUUCUGAACAAUGUGAACACUGCUGAUAAUGGAACAUACGUGUGUCGUGUCUUCACGGAAGAAACACGCUCAUGGAAAUCCAUCAGCAUUAUCGACCUGAAUGUUCCUCCAGAUCAGAGAAACAUUACAGCUGAGUCUAGAAGGAGUGUUAUUCUGCCAUGUCGAGCUCCAAACAACAAAAAGAUCAAAUUCAUAUAUUGGAGCAGAGCUGACCUGGAGCCGGAAUAUCUACUUGUUUACCGGAAUGGGCAGUAUCUUCUAGAUAACCAACAUCCUUCUUUUAAGAACCGGUUGGAUCUGCAAGACUUACAGAUGAAGGAUGGAGACGUGUCUUUGAUUCUGAAAAACGUGAAUACUGCUGAUGAUGGAACCUACCAAUGCCGUGUCUUCAUGGAAGAAACACAUACAUGGAAGCUCAGCAUCAUCAACCUGAAUACUUCUCUAAAUGUGAAAAACGUCACAGCUGAGUCUGGACAGGACGUCACUCUGACAUGUCGAGCUCCAAAUAACAGCAUUGAUGUUUUAGAGUGGAGCAGAGCUGACCUGGACACAGAAAAUGUCCUUUUGUACCGUGAUGAGCAGUUUGUUCCAGACAACCAGCAUCCAUCUUUUAAGAACCGGGUGGAUCUGCAGGACAGACAGAUGAAGGAUGGAGACGUGUCUUUGAUUCUGAAGGAUGUGACGAAAAAUGAUGCUGGAACAUAUGAGUGUCAUGUCUUCAUGAGAGGAACAAUCCAAAAGAACAGUAAACCCAUCAGCAGCAUCUAUCUCAGGGUUGUCCUUCCAGAGGUGAAAAGCAUCACAGCUGAGUCUGGACAGGACGUCACUCUGCCAUGUCGAGCUCUAAAUAAAAAUAUCACAUUUGUAUAUUGGAGCAGAGCUGACCUGGGGUCAAAACAUGUCUUUUUGUGCCAAGAUGAGCGACUUUUUACAGAUCACCAGCAUCCAUCUUUUAAGGAUCGGGUUGCUCUUAAAGACAGACAGAUGAAGGAUGGAGACGUGUUGAUGAUGGAACAUAUGAGUGUCGUGUGCUCAUGGAAGAAAUACGCUCAUGGAAGCACAGCAUCAUCAACCUUUAUGUUGAUCCAGACCAAAAAACCACUGUGGUUAAGUCUGGACAGGACGUCACUCUGACAUGUCGAGCUCCAAACAGCAUCUUGAUCACUGCUGUGAAGUGGAGCAGAACUGACCUGGAGCCAGAAUUUGUCCUUUUGUUCCAGGAUAGUUUGUUUGUUCAAGACAACCAGCAUCCAUCUUUUAAGAACCGGGUGGAUCUGCAGGACACACAGAUGAAAAAUGGAGACGUGUCUUUG